AUGGCCGUCGAUGCACCCAGUGCAGAUCUGCACGCCGCCGCUGCGUCGCCAGCAACUGCGCCUGCCCGCGGCCGCCGCCCGCCAUUGGCCACCGUGGGGAUCCUCGUCGCCCUCAGCCUCAACCUCGCUCUCUGCCUCCUCCGUAGCGGCGUUGGCGGUGACCACGACAUCGCUUUCGUCGGCCUCUCCCACAUCAACCUACUCCUGCUGUUCCUGUCCCUCCGCCGCUUCCGGCGGUCGCCACCAGGGUCCGCGGCGCGGGGCCGGGCCAGGCUCGCCGUGUAG